ACGGAAAAUCGAUUGUAUCGUUAAUAGGGAAAGCGCGACUUUAUUGAAAUUUGUUAUUAAAUAAAAUGAAUAUAUGUUUAUUUCACAACAACUUAAAAAUGUGAAUCAUUUAUCGCGCCAAUUAAUGAUGCAGAUAUCUGUUUGAAUAAUUUAAUUUAUAAUAUAAAUAUAAAAAACAUCAUGUUAUUGUGGGUCAUAAUUUGUACAGCUCCGUGGUUAGCAGCAUCUUGGUACUUCCCUUUUCUAUGGGGAAUCAUAUACAUUCAAAUAUUAGCUAUUUGCUUGGGGCUGGCUAUAGUGGCUCUUACAUUAUGGGGUCAUAUUGCGUUGUCAUCUCCUCAUCAAACCUCCUUAUUUUUAAUUGAAAAGGUUGAAAAAGAGGUACGACAACUAGAGGAAGCUUUGAAGGAGGAUCUGGGCAGCUGGCUGAAGACAACAAAAAGAACUCACUUGCCAAUUAUAUUUGGACGUACUGUGGACAGUCAACUACAACUUUUAAUUGACUAUGUCCUGAGGGAUUUUAUAACUAAAUGGUUAAAGGAAUUCUCUCAUAAACCAGAACCAGUGGUGGACAAAUUUAGGGAACACAUUUGGGGGGCUAUACAGAAACUGUAUGAGAGAUUGCUCAAAGUGGAUGCGGAGAAACUCCUAGCUGGUGAUAUGGUCAUAAAAAUAACACAACAUUUUGAGAGGAUAAGGAUUUCGAGGAGUUGUGCAUUGGAACUAAACCAAGCACCAGUAUUUGCUCUAUCACCACAUUUAAUGUCCUGUGAGACGGAACUGCACUACUUGCGACAGAUCAGUGAGCUUAUAAUAAUGUUCCUGAUGCCUCGAUGCUACUCCCUGGCACCUGCCUCGCAUCUCAUGAGAGAAAUAUUGGCAUGCAAAGUUCUACAACCAGCAAUAGAUUUGAUCACAGAACCAGAUUACAUCAACCAAAAGAUUAUACAAUAUCUAGAGGCCCAGAAAGAGGUAAAUGCCAUGCACAUGAGAACCCACGAGUAUGCCAAGACGUUUGAGGAUUACAUAAGGCUGAUCAACAACUGUAACAACGUCGACACACUGAAACGGUUACGCUAUGAUAUUGUGACACAAAUCAUGCAAGCAACCACCCUACAAAACGUGAAGCGUGCUAAAGGUAUAGACAUAGAAGAAAUUGAGAAGAACAGUGGAACCCAACACAACAUUAGUCGUCAGCAGAUAAACGAUGCUAAGAAACUCCGGAGGUACAUAAGUCAGUUGACCAUAGCCAAAGAGGAAUGCGAAGCGGCGUUGAGGAAACUGGGGUGGGAUGGGGCGUUUCCUACUGUCGAGUCUGGUAAUAAUAAGACUCUACCACUACACAAAGUAAUGGAAAGCGUUACCGGUCGUCGAUACCUCUCCAUGUUUCUAGAAACUAUGUGUUCGCAAGGGUUAGUCGGAUUUUGGACUGCAGUGGAAGAGUUAAGGCACAGCCCGCGGAGUAGUUGGCAUCAGCUUGGUGCUGAAAUUUUUUAUACUUACAUUAGAUCGCCCAGUGCUGAAGUUAAAGUUGAUAAGGAUACAAGGAAAAGAAUGGAAGGAUUUCUAUUAGGAGAUAAGGGACCAGAAGUUUUUUACGAGGUUCAAGACACGGUGGUCGAUACUAUACAAGAAAAAUAUUAUUCUUCAUUUCUAUUGAGUGACCAGUACACGGCUUUGGUAGCUGAACUGGCUACUGAGGAAGCUAACAAAGAAAUAAACUCGGAGCGAUCGCCUAUAGAAGAUCGACAGCUGUCAAAUGAAUCUGUAUCGUCAGCUGAAAGUGUGGCGGGAACCAUUCACUUAGCUGAACAUUCCACGUACGCCCGGCGGAAACUGGACCAGUUGCAGGAGAGGCAUAAUAACAAGAUUCAGGCUUUAGCGGCUCUACGUGCAUCUCUCAAGCCGAAUUCUCCAGCACUUUCGAUGUUAGAGAACGAAGUGGAGAAACUGGCGGGAGAACAAAUGCGUCUGGAGGCUCACCUGGCGAGGACCGACACCUGGGCCGAACACCUGGGGCGGUGGCGCGCUUCUGUUCACAGCGCGGAGAUAGUAGAAGAAUCGAAGCCGCCCCAAUUCGUGAUAGUGGUGCACAUGGCCGAACAAGACGCCGGCGACGACGAGCGGCCCGAACAGAUCUCUACGGGAUGGGUUCUGCUGAAAACGCUCAACGAAUUCCAGGAUUUACAUCGAAAACUAAGGCCUAUGUGUGCAGAAUUGAAAAACUUGGAGUUGCCAUCAAACUCAUUCAAAUUUCUCUUCGGUAAAAAUGAUAAAAACUCCUUGGAGAAGGCGAAACAAUUAAUACAGAAAUAUUUAGAGUUUGUUUUAGAAGACGACAGACUGAAUCAAUGCGAGGCUUUGUACACAUUCCUAAACCCAAGCACCGAGUACCUGAAACAGGGAGACUUACCAAAGAAAAACAAGUUCUCUUUCUCUACUUUAUUUAAGAGUACCAGUAGUGAAGCAACGAACAGAUCGUCGCAAGAAAAAGACCUAUCAUUCACUCAUUUGUCUGCGGACGAAGACGAAAUAUCGUUAUUGCUGGAAGGCAAUGGAGAUCCCAACAAGAGCAUGACCAAUUCUAUGCGAGGUGGCGCAGUGCUAGGCGAAGAACGAGAUAGUAUAGCGGAACCAUUGUACGCGUUACUGAGCGAAGUGUUCGACAUGCGCGGCGUGUUCCGCUGGCUCAGGAAGACCUUGGUCACCUUCGUGCAGAUCACAUACGGCAGGACCAUCAACAGACAAAUAAAAGAGACGGUAUCGUGGUUGUUCUCCGAACAAAUGCUGCACUAUUACAUCAGCGUGGUUCUCAAGUCUUGGUGGCCAGGAGGAGUUUUAAGUGAAACUGUGCUCAGCCGCAAUAUGCAGGACAAAGAACACACACGCACCCUGGCGUUGCAACAGCUGGACGAAAGCGUAAUAGACACGUUCUCUUCACUAGUGGGCGCGCCCGCCGCCGCUCGGGGAGCACACAAACUGUUCUACACGAUACAGAAUACGACGCAUAACAAACAGCUGUUCUAUGAACUAUUCGAACUUGUGCUGCUAGAAGUGUUCCCUGAACUAAAACGCUACACUUGAAACUACCAGCCGGUGGGUAAGAUGACAAUAGAUAUAUACCUAAUGUUUGAUGAAGUUUAUACUGUACAGGGAUUUUAUCUGAAAGUAACGGUCGAAAAGUAAUUUCCUCCUUAUAUUUUGAUACUCUUAUGAGGCAUUCCGUUUUAUAUAUUUAAAAACGCGACUGAUGAUCUUUUAUAAUUUUAGAAUCUAAUAUAAAAAAGUCUUUUAUAAUAUUAUUUUCUAUUUCUGAUCUCAUUUUAAAUGUAUGUUUCGUAGUAUGUAGUAGAUUAGUCUUUCUAAGUACAUUCAUAAGUUAUGUAAACAGCCGUUGUGAUUUGAAGAUCUCGAAAUGGAAAACAACCUGUACUCCAUUUCUUUAGGUACUGAGAUAAAGGUAAAAAUAUUGAAAUGUCUUUUACACAAAUAAUACGGUUGUAAAAUAAAAUAUGGUUUAUACCAAAAGCAUUCUGACAUCUGUUAUAUCAUUUUGUUUUUAUUACCAUGGUUGAAAAUUCUAAAAAAAAGACGUAUCCAGCUCGUUUACCUAUAUUUCAGCACCUAAAAAACAUAUUAUUGAUUAAUUGCAAGUGUGGUCGGGUGUGUGAUCGUUUGUGCCAUAACGUAAAGUAGGAUGCUUUAGCACAGUUGUUACCUGACAUAUCUAGCAUUUAGAUUAUUUGAUGUAGACUGCGUUGUUUUCCUUCAAUGUGGCCUGAAGUCUUAUGAGUAACGCUGUUUCUUCGUAAUCCUGUCAAGUUGAAUUUAAUUUCGUGUCCCUGGAAUUACGUUCAACCGUCGACUUGAUCUUAUUAAUUAUUGAAUGCGACGGCCUAAUAUGCACAUUUAUGUAGGGGCUGGAUUUCUUGUCCAUUAUGUGAACUGUUUAUUUUACAAUUUGUCUUGGUACUGAAUAUAAAUAACCUAUAAACUUAUACCUGUUGUUGGUGCCACGUACAUACUAAUUUUUAUGUAGAUUUGUACAUUUCAUUUACCAGUCCUAUCAAUUUUGUUAUGCAGACUGUGCCAAACAAUUCACAUUAUCUAUAGCCAAAUACUAUAAGGUUAUUUCUACUUGGCAUGCUGUACUUCAUUAAAUGUAACAUUCUCUAAAAUGGUCUUCUAAAAAUAGCCUUAAAAUUAUAAAAAUGAGCCUACUUAUAAGUGAAAUCUUUGUUUUAAAUUUAAAAUCCAGUUAAAAAUUAAAAAAACCAAUCACACCAACAGUUAAUAAAAUUAAAAAGCACGCACGAUAAUCUCUUUAAGCUCUCUCUACCAAAACUUAGAAUUAUUGUAUAAAACAUAACAAUUAAGUUUAAAC